GACGGGCGCCGCGCUGUCAGCGGCAGGCAUGCGCUCCAGACUCGCUAGAAACCAGUCGGUGGUUCCGGAUCUCUCUGGCUUCGUCGCCUGGAGGGCACCAUGGACGAAAACGAAUUAAUUGAAUACUUUAAGUCUCAGAUGAAAGAGGAUCCUGAUAUGGCCUCAGCAGUGGCUGCUAUCCGGACUUUGCUGGAGUUCUUGAAGAGAGAUAAAGGGGAGACAAUCCAGGGCCUGAGAGCGAAUCUCACCAAUGCCAUCGAGACGCUCUGUGGUGUGGACUCCUCGGUGGCCGUGUCCUCCGGCGGGGAGCUCUUCCUCCGCUUCAUCAGCCUCGCCUCCUUAGAGUACUCCGACUACUCCAAAUGUAAAAAGAUCAUGAUUGAGCGGGGAGAGCUGUUUCUCAGGAGAAUAUCCUUGUCAAGAAAUAAAAUCGCCGAUCUGUGCCAUACAUUCAUCAAAGACGGGGCUCGAAUCCUGACUCACGCCUACUCCAGAGUGGUCCUGCGAGUCCUGGAAGCAGCUGUGGCAGCCAAGAAGCGCUUCCACGUGUACAUCACAGAGUCCCAGCCCGACCUGUCAGGGCAAAAAAUGGCUAAAGCCCUCUGCCACCUCAAUGUCCCUGUCACUGUGGUGCUGGAUGCUGCUGUUGGCUACAUCAUGGAGAAGGCAGAUCUGGUCAUCGUGGGCGCAGAAGGUGUGGUUGAGAACGGAGGCAUCAUUAACAAGAUUGGGACCAACCAAAUGGCCGUGUGCGCCAAGGCACAGAACAAGCCCUUCUAUGUGGUUGCAGAAAGCUUCAAGUUCGUGCGGCUCUUCCCACUGAACCAGCAGGACGUGCCCGAUAAGUUCAAGUACAAGGCAGACACCCUGAAGUCUGUGCAAGCCGAGCAGGACCUGAAGGAAGAGCACCCGUGGGUGGACUACACCUCCCCUUCCCUGAUCACCCUGCUGUUCACAGACCUGGGUGUGCUCACGCCCUCGGCGGUCAGCGACGAGCUCAUCAAGCUCUACCUCUAGCUGCGCCCUGCCACCCAGCCAAACUGGCUCAUUUUUAACAGACAUUGUGGACAGUUUCUACAUCAUUAAUACUGGAGUAUCUUUUAUUCACAGCUCGGUCCCACCUAAGAUUUGUUCUAAAACCAAACCUAAACUUGCUUAAUUUCCAUAAACUUGCAGUUACUGUCCAUUUCGAGAAACCCAUUAGACUGUAGACUCCCUGGCUGACAAAAGCCUGUGUGUCCCCCAGCACAUUUCACUAGCUUAAAGUGUCCACAGAAGUGACGCGCUGCAGGCAGGUGCCCCCUCCACAGUCGGCACCUCUGGCGCAGUAACAGCAGCUGGCCAGGGGCCUACACUUGUGCCUCACGUGAAGGCAGGAGACGAGCCUCGAGGAGCCUGCAGCAGGGCCAGCCACAAUGCAGGCUGUGAGACACGCGAGGCCUGCAGGGCGAGGUUCACUGCUCCUCCAGGAGUACUUGGAAACCUAGACUGUGUCUGUAAAAGAUAGGAAUUUCCUAUCUUUAGGUUGGGUCCUCAACACCUUUUUAAAAUUAUACUUGUGAACAGAUUAUCUUUACAAAUAAAUUGUAUGGAAGGAUUUGCUACAGUGUCAACUCAGUACUGAGCUCUCUCCAGGCUCUAGACGUUGGCCUUGGUACAAACACUCACCAGCGGCCUCCAUUGGGCCGUGCAUAGGAAGGUGUGUGGUUCAUCCCCAGGAGGACUGCGCUGGGGCAGUCCACAACGUUCCCCUGGCCGGGUGUGGUGGCACACACCUAUCAUCCCAGCAUUCCAGAGGCUGA